AUAAGCGCAUUUGGUGGGUAAACUCAUUUUGUCGGGGAACCUCCUACUCGACACAACACCAGGAAACAGUUCCGUUCCUGUAAAAAGUCCGGUAGAAACAAGGAAACUCGCGAUUACAAAACCUGACCGCUUCAUACAUUACACGGAAUUGCAUUAGUCGCCGGCUUAACCGUAACGAUGUACUCACCGCGCAGAGAAAACUAGCAACCAGCGAUGUCUCCAGUCAUAACUACCUUAGUUUUGUCCAACAGUCAUUCUUGUUAUUUAUCGAUCCAGCAGGUCUGUCAGAGGUCUUAACUAACGCAAACAUGGCUGAGGAGCCAGCAAGCAAUGGACCGUCAUCCGCCAGUCCGCCUGGGUUUGAAGGUUUUCCCUUCCCGGUACCUCAGCAGGACAGCUCCGGGAAAGGACAUGAGCAAAGCGCGGAGGCCAAAAAGAAGCCGUGUAGAGCCUGUACGGACUUUAAGUCCUGGAUGAAACUGCAGAGCACAGCAGCUGCUGCACAGCAGAAGCACGGUUCAGAAACAGAGCAGCCAGAUCCUCAGUGCCCACUGGACAGAGAGGAGUUGGGACGGAGCACUUGGUCGUUUCUGCACACCAUGGCAGCGUACUAUCCCGAUCAUCCGUCUUCCAUCCAGCAGCAAGACAUGGGGCAGUUAAUCAACCUCUUCUCCAAGUUCUACCCCUGUGGAGAAUGUGCAGAAGAUCUCAGGAGCAGACUGAAGACCAACCGUCCGGAUACGAGCAGCCGCCACGCUCUCUCGCAGUGGCUCUGCCGCCUUCACAACCAAGUCAACGUCCGGCUGGGGAAGCCCGAGUUCGACUGCUCGCUAGUGGACGAGAGGUGGAAAGACGGCUGGAAGGACGGCUCCUGUGACUGAGCGCGUGUGUGACGACGGGGCGUCAAGCCUCAGCGGGAGACGUGCAAAGACGCUAAUUUAAAAGAACAGUGAAUGAUCAAUUCUACACCUUUGUUGUUUUAUGUUUAGUUUGUGUGACAAGUGUAAUUCUAAAAUAAAAAUAAAAAAAACGAUGAAAGA